AUGACUGCUACCAUUGACUCGGAGACGCUCAAGCAAUAUCUCGCUGAUAAUCCUCCCACCGUAGUCAAUCUUGCCAUCAAACCCCACUUUGAAGCUCUGAGUGAUAAAGAGAAGCUCUACGCUCACCACCUUUCACUGGCAUGCUUUGCAGGCUCCCGCAUCGUUCUCCGCCAGGUCUCCCCCGAAUCCGAACCCAUCUACGACUUCAUCGUCGCAUUGCACAAGCAUGUCAACGGCGACUAUGCCAAGGCCGCGAAAGAUGCUGGCAUCUCACAAGAAGAUGUGGAUUCAUACCUCAACUAUGCUGCUCAGUUCUUGGGCAACAUGGGCAACUACAAGUCGUUCGGCGACUCAAAGUUCGUACCACGAAUCGAAGCAAGCAAGCUGAAGGCGCUCGCCGGUGUGUCCUCGACAACGCAGAAGCUAUACGAACAAUUCGAGAACGCGAUAUACGCCGGAAACGAUAUUUCGAAACUCCACCUUGGAUAUCCGAGUGCGGGCCACGUGUCCACGUACUACCCAGACAGCCCUGACAUUACAAAGGAGGAGAUAUCGGGCGUGAGCGACUUUUUGGAAGGCAAGCGCCUGCUACCAGAGAACACGAGAAUCCGCAAGACGAAAGAGGGCUUCGAGGUCUUGAUCGCAAGCGCCCAGAAGGGCCCAUCUGCAGCGGAUAGGGAUCUCAAGGAGAGUGAAUGGACACUUCCUGACGGCAAAAAAGUCAAGUUGGUGUUUGGUGACCACGCUAAGGAGAUGGAGACCAUUGCGCAUCACAUCGCCGAGGCGAAGAAGUAUGCUGCGAAUGAAACGGAGGUCAGAAUGACGGAGGAAUACGCAAAGAGCUUCACCACCGGCUCAUUAGAGGCUUACAAGGAGUCUCAGCGGCAAUGGAUCAAAGACAAGGGCCCAGCGGUUGAGAGCGACAUUGGCUUUGUCGAAACCUACCGCGACCCGCACGGCAUUCGAGGAGAGUGGGAAGGUUUCGUCGCGACAGUCAACAAGGAGCGCACAGCGGCAUUCAGCAAGCUAGUGAGCGCUGCACCCAAGCUGAUUCCUUUGCUACCAUGGAAAGCGGAGUUUGAGAAGGACACUUUCCUGAGCCCCGACUUCACCUCGCUUGAAGUCCUCACAUUUGCUGGCAGUGGUAUCCCCGCAGGUAUCAACAUUCCGAACUACGACGACAUUCGCCAGAAUAUUGGCUUUAAGAAUGUGUCGUUAGGCAACGUUCUCUCGGCCAAAGCUCCAAACGAAAAAGUCCCAUUCAUCAAAGAAAAGGAUGUCGAGGUGUAUCAAAAAUACCGGGAUCCAGCUUUCGAAGUACAAGUCGGACUCCACGAGCUUCUCGGGCAUGGCUGCGGCAAGCUCCUCCAAGAGACUGCACCUGGCGAAUACAAUUUCGACAUCAAGAACCCACCCGUCUCUCCCAUCUCCGGCAAGCCUAUCACAACCUACUACAAGCCCGGCCAAACCUGGGGCUCCGUCUUCGGUCCCAUUGCCGCUUCCUACGAAGAGUGCCGCGCCGAGUGCGUCGCCAUGGCGCUCAGCUGCGACUUCUCCAUCCUCCAACUCUUCGGCUUCGGCGACGGCAAGGAAGACAUCGGCGGCGAGCCCGGCGACGUGCUCUACGCAGCGUACCUCCAGAUGGCGCGCGCGGGCAUCGCCUCCCUCGAAUUCUGGGACCCCAAGUCCCGCAAAUGGGGCCAGGCGCACAGCCAAGCGCGCUUCACCAUUCUCCGCACGUUUCUCAACGCGGGCGUCGAGUUCUGCGAGCUCGAGUGGAAGAAGGAUGACUUGUCUGAUCUCACGAUCCGCUUGGAUCGUAACCGCAUCCUGGACCUUGGGCGCCAGGCUGUGGAGGAGUACCUGCAGAAGCUGCACAUUUAUAAGAGCACCGCGGACUACGAGGCAGGGAAGAAGAUGUACGAGGAGCUGUCGAAUGUGGAGCCCUUCUACGAGAAUAAGGUUCGCCCCGCGGUGCUCAAGCAGAGACAACCUAGGAAGGUGUUUGUGCAGGCGAACACUGUGGUUGAGGGGGAGAAGGCGGUUCUCAAGGAGUAUGAGCCGAGUGCAUCGGGUAUGAUUCAGAGUUAUGUGGAGAGGGCGUACUUGUAA